AUGGCCUCCGAGAAACCCCAGAAGGCCUCCCUGGGCCGCGUCCUCGUCAUCGGCGGCUGCGGCUUCCUGGGCCACCACGUCGUCAACCUGGUGCUGCAGCACUGGGACACGACGGCCGUGUCCGUCAUUGACCUGCGCUGCCAGCGCAACCGCCGCCCGGCGUCCGACGGCGUCGAGUACGUCGAGGCCGACAUCACCGACGCCGAUAACCUGACCAAGGUCCUCGGCCGCCUGCGCCCCGACGUCGUCAUCCACACCGCCAGCCCCCAGGCCCAGGGCAGCGGCGCCGUGAGCAAUGAGCUGUUCCGCAAGGUCAACGUCGACGGCACGCGCGCCGUCGUCACCGCCUGCCAGCAGAGCGCCGUCAAGGCUCUCGUCUUCACCAGCAGCGCCAGCAUCAUGAGCGACAACAAGACCGACCUCAUCAACGCCAACGAGACGUGGCCCGUCAUCAGGGGGAAGAACCAGAGCGAGUACUACUCGGAGACAAAGGCUAACCAGUCGGCUCCCCGCCUCCGUGUACAGGCCGCCGCCGAAGAACUAGUGCUCGCCGCCAACCGCACGGGCGACUCGAAUCUCCUGACGGCCUCGAUCCGGCCCUCGGGCAUCUUCGGCGAGGGCGACGUGCAGGCCGUGUACCACCUGGUCAACAUCUACGAGCAGGGGCGGACGGGGGUGCAGGUGGGGCCCAACACCAACAUCUUCGAGUUCACGUACGUGGAGAACGUGGCGCACGCGCACCUGCUGGCGGCGCGCGCGCUGCUGCUGACGGCGCAGGCGUCGACGGUGCCGCUGGACCACGAGCGCGUCGACGGCGAGGCCUUCCUCAUCACCAACGGGCAGCCCAUCUACUUCUGGGACUUUGCGCGCGCCAUCUGGCGCGCCGCCGGCAGCGACAAGGGCACCGCCCACGUCUGGGAGAUGCCGCGCGAGGUCGGCAUGCUGCUGGGCUGGCUGAGCGAGGUCGCCUUCGGCCUCGUGCGCAAGCCCCCGACCUUCACCCGCCAGCGCAUCGUCUACAGCUGCAUGACACGCUACUACGACAUCUCCAAGGCCCGCCGCCGCCUCGGCUACGUGCCCCUCAUCACCCUGUCCGAGGGCGUCCGGAGGGCCGUGCAGUGGACGCUGGACCGCAAGGCCGAGGAGAAGAAGUAG